CCGGGGCAGCGGAGCGCUCCCUGCGUGUGGGGCCGGGGCUGCGAAACUGAAAGCCAUCUUAAACAUACCAGGUGCAGAGCACAGUACAGUAACCAUGAAUGACAUUGCACAGAAAACUGAGAUUCUGCUUUCUUCAUCUAAACCCGUCCAAAAGUCCUAUGUGCCCAAGCUUCACAAGGGUGAUGUAAAGGAUAAAUUUGAAGCAAUGCAGAAAGCAAGGGAAGAAAGAAAUCAAAGGAGAUCUAGAGAUGAAAAGCAAAGAAGAAAAGAACAAUAUGUUAGAGAGAGAGAAUGGAACAGGAGAAAGCAGGAGAUGAAAGAACUGCUUGGAUCUGAUGAAGAUGAUGACACCAAACUAUCUAAAACAGAAAAGGGUUAUGUUCCAAAGCUCAUAGGAACUGUUAAAGGCAAGUUUGCAGAAAUGGAGAAGCAAAGGCAAGAAGAAGAAAGAAAAAGAACAGAAGAAGAAAGAAAGCGCAGAAUUGAACAAGAUAUGAUUGAGAAAAGAAAAAUUCAAAGAGAAUUGGCAAAAAAGGCACAGGAGAUUGAUGACUUUAACAAUACGGGAACUGAAUCAGCAGCUGAGGAAGGGGAUGAUUCACUGCUAGUUACAGUAGUGCCUGUAAAAAGCACCAGGACAUCUGGGAAGAUGAAAAUAAACUCUGAGAACACAGGAAAGGAGAGAGCAGAACAAGGAAAGACACAGGAUGAAGAAAUGGCGCUAAAAGAUGAGAAACAAAACCAACUCCUUAAGGAACCCAAGUGCCUUUCAUUAGUCCAGGGUGAAAAUGAAAACAGUGAAACUCAAGAUGCUCUGUCUCCUGGUAAGCUGAAAGUGACAUUUGAAGAACUGGAAAGACAAAGACAGGAGAACCAAAGGCGGCAAGCAGAGGAAGAAGCAAGGCAGCGUUUGGAAGAGGAAAAGCGUGCCUUUGAAGAAGCCAGGCAGAGAAUGAUAAAUGAAGGUGGUGAUGAAGAAUCUGAAAAUGCUGUUAAAGAAUUCCGCCCUGGUAAACUCAGACUCAGUUUUGAGGAGAUAGAAAGGCAGAGGAGAGAAGAGGAAAAGAGGAAAGCAGAAGAGGAUGCACGACGACGCAUAGAAGAGGAGAAAAGAGCAUUUGCUGAAGCAAGGAAGAACAUGCAGGUGCUGGAUGAUGAAUCACCAGAAAUGUUUAAAACCUUUUCUCAAGAAUCUCUCAUACCUGGUAAACUGGAAAUUAAUUUUGAGGAGUUGCUGAAACAAAAAAUGGAGGAGGAAAAGAGGCGCACAGAAGAAGAGCGUAGGCAAAAGUUGGAAAUGGAAAGGCAAGAAUUUAAACAGCUGAGACAAGAAAUGGGACAGCUGGAAGAAGAGGCUGAAACUUUUGAGUUAAGCAAAGAAUAUGAAGAAUUGAUGAAGCUAAAAAGAAGCGGUUCUAUCCAGGCAAAGAACUUAAAAAGCAAGUUUGAAAAAAUAGGACAACUGUCUCAAGAAGAAAUACAGAAGAAGAUUGAAGAAGAGCGGGCAAAGAGAAGAGCCAUGGAUAAAGAAAUCAGAGAAAGGGAAGCUGAAAAAUUUCAAGAGGAUGAUGAUGUAGAUGUGACACCAGCCAUGAAAUCUGAGGCUCCAUUUACUCACAAAGUGAACAUGAAGGCUCGUUUUGAGCAAAUGGCAAGAGCCAGAGAAGAAGAGGAGCAGAGGAGGAUUGAGGAGCAGAAAUUACUACGCAUGCAGUUUGAGCAAAAAGAAAUCGAUGCAGCAUUACAAAAGAAAAGGGAAGAGGAAGAAGAAGAAGAGGGAAGCAUUAUUAAUGGUUCUACUUGUGAAGAUGAGGAUCAGGCUCGAUCUGGAGCUCCCUGGUUCAAGAAGUCACUGAAAAACACAUCAGUUGUUGACGGCGAGCCAGUGAGAUUUACAGUUAAAAUUACUGGAGAACCAAAACCUGAAGUUACAUGGUGGUUUGAAGGGGAAAUGUUGCAGGACUCUGAGGACUAUCAAUAUAUUGAAAGAGGAGAAACCUACUGCCUUUACUUGCCAGAAACCUUCCCAGAAGAUGAAGGGGAAUAUAUGUGUAAAGCAGUCAACAAUAGAGGCUCAGCUGCUAGCACCUGUAUUCUCACCAUUGAAACUGAUGACUACUAAUGCUCUACUUUAGCUGGAAUCUUUCUUCCCCUCCACUUUCUUACUGCAUCAUCUCUUUCUCUGAUGGGGCCAACUAAAGAAAGCAAGGAUGUGCAUUAAUUUGUCAUUCCUGCAUCAGAUAAGAAUAUACCCUUCAAAUUGUGAGAAUUCCCUACUCAAUGCAAAAACUAGUAUCAAAGGCUGAAACUAAAAGGAAUCAAUGCAUGAAAGAUCAACUGAAGGAAAAAGCUGAAUUAUCACAGUGCUCCAGCAUUUGAAGACCAACUCUUGUGUAAGAGAAUAAAGCUGAAUACACGAUCUGGAACUUGUGUAGUAGUGUAAAUCUGCUGGUGUAUCCUGCAUGAGCACUGAAUAUUUAAGCUGUUUUACCUUAUCCCAGAGGCACUGAACUGGCAAAGGAAAUACUUCCUGAUGAUUUUCAAAAACCCAAGUGUACUAUUUUUAAAGAAUAAAAGAUGACAUAAGUGCUCA